AGGGCUUCCAAACAUGGCUCCAGUCGCGACGAACGAGACGGCACCGCUUAACCAUCAGGUCCUGAAAGCGAAGGAAGACGAGAAGGUCUUCAAUCCUUUCUAUUCGCCUGCCAUUGCCGAUGACGGUGACUCGACGUACAAGUUCGCUCAGUACAAGCCCACGUUCCCCGACGUGAAAUGGGAGCCUCUAACUGAGCAGAAAGUCGUCGAGCGAGGCCUAUUCGCUGAUCCGGACAAACGUGCUUUGCUCUCGGCUGCGUCCAAAGUGAAGCACUUGACGCCCGCUAUUGGUACUGAGAUCCACGGGAUCGAUCUCAGGCAGUUGUCCGACGUGCAGAGAGAUGAAUUAGCCUUGCUCAUCGCUGAGCGAGGUGUCGUGUUCUUCCGCGAGCAGGAGCUCACCAUUCAGGAACAACUGGACCUUGCGGCGCACUGGGGCCCCUUGCACAGACACGCUACAACCCCUAUCCCGAAGCAGCCCGGGUUGGAUACCGUGCAUGUCGUGUAUAACGACCACAGCAGGCGCCCGGAUCCCAGCGCUUUUUCGAAGCUGGAGCUUUGGCAUUCGGAUGUUUCCUACGAGAUCCAGCCUCCGGGCGCCACUUCCCUCAAAGUAAUCACCGGUCCGGAGUACGGAGGUGAUACUCUCUGGAGCUCUGGUUACGCCUUGUACUCCUUCCUCAGCCCAGGCAUGCAGAAGUACCUGGAGGGCCUCACGGCCCUUCACAGUGCUGUUGCCCAAGCCGAGGGAGCCAAGGCGGCUGGCCUCCCUGUCCGUCGCGACCCUAUUGAAACUGUCCAUCCUGUGGUCCGGGUACAUCCGGCCACCGGCUGGAAGAGUGUGUACGUUAACCCAGGCUUUACCCGUCGUAUUUUGGGCGUGCCAAAGGCAGAGUCGGACAAUAUUCUUAGCUUCCUCUUCCGGCAAAUCAGCGAGAAUGUCGACUUCCAAGUCCGCUUCAAGUGGGAGCCCAAUUCAAUUGCCAUCUGGGACAACAGGGUCGUCACACAUUCGGCCACCUUUGACUUCUGGCCGGCCACUCGGCACGCUCUGAGGGCUACCCCUCAUGCAGAGAGGCCUUUGUCUGUGGAGGAAUACGAGCGUAUCACUGGCAAAGAAGCGAAGGAUAGGCAAAUCGAGAUCUGGCGGCAGCAGGGCAUUGAGGAUCCUCGGCAGAAUGGGACUGCGAAAGCCCGCCCUCGUGGAUACAACGAUUAGACACGGGCGACCCUGGGUACGCAGCUACGUGCAUUCGUUCGUCUUGAACGCCGAUCAGAUGUACGAUAGUUGUAAGAUAGGCAUGUUUAUAAAGUUGGCUUGCUGUCGUCGGCCAGCGGUGGAU